AAGUUCCGAUUCCGUUCAAAAGCAAUUCCAGCUUGGGUUUAUAGUUGAUUCAAUUGCUAAUUCCGUAAUUCACCUGCAUUGUCAGAAAUUUGCGAUGAGAAUGAUUUGAUUUGAUUUAAUUUUCAGAUACAUUUCGAUCAGAAAGCCAUUCCCUUGAAAUUUCAGAUUGAAAUUAGGAAUUUUGCAAAGAAGCGAGCGACGGAGUUAGUUCGUAAGAAGAACUUUCUUCUAUCAUCUGGUCUUUUCCCUGUUGUACCUGUCUAUUUGGUCACCUCUAUCUAAACAUUGAAAUGAGAUGCAAUGCAUGCUGGCGAGAAUUGGAAGGACAGGCAGUUUCCACCACUUGUGGCCACCUUCUUUGUCCCGAGGAUGCCAGUAAGAUUCUCAGCAACGAUGCUGCUUGCCCUAUCUGUGAUCAGGUGCUCUCUAAAAGCCUCAUGAAAUCGGUGGAUAUCAAUCCAAGUGAUGAAUGGACAAAUAUGGUCAUGGCUGGGAUAUCACCACAAAUAUUGAUGAAGAGUGCAUACAGAAGUGUGAUGUUCUACAUCGGGCAAAAGGAGUUGGAGAUGCAAUUUAAAAUGAAUAGAAUAGUAGCUCAGUGCCGGCAGAAAUGUGAGGUGAUGCAAGAAAAGUUCACUGAAAAACUGGAGCAAGUACAUACAGCAUACCAGAAAAUGGCUAAGAGGUGCCAGAUGAUGGAGCAAGAGAUUGAGAGCUUAUCUAAGGAUAAGCAAGAGCUCCAGGAAAAAUUUGCAGAAAAGUCUAGACAGAAAAGAAAGCUGGAUGAGAUGUAUGACCAAUUGAGAAGUGAGUAUGAGUCAACGAAACGAUCCGCUAUUCAACCUGCACCCAACUUCUAUCCAAGGGCAGAGCAUGAUUUGUUCUCAAAUCCUGCCAAUGUGAUGGAUAACAGAGACCCUAUCAGAAAAGAUUGGUCGGUUCUCACUCCUGAAACUCCAGGACCAAGAGAGGAUAUAUGGCCACCAGCAAGGCAGAACAGUUCAAACUCUGGCCCCUUUGACAUCUCAAGUGGUUCGCCUGCGCUACAAUCUGGAAUCCCUGUUGAUGCUGGUAACAAAAGGGCUGGUGCUCGUCCUGUUUUUGGCGCUGGUGGAGGAGCUGGUGCUAGCAACCCGUCAAUGACUUUGAGGAAUCUCAUCCUUUCACCAAUAAAGAGGCCUCAGCUCUCUCGAAACCGCACCCAAUUGUUCACGUUGUAGAUUGGUGGCCUUCUUGUUGUUGACUCUUUGAUUGACAAUUUCAAUAGAAAAGGGAAAAGUAGGGCUCAUUGUGCAGAUGAGAUUUUCUUUUUAUCUUUGACACGAAGGAAAUUGCUCAGAGUAUACUUGUUGAUAAAGCAACUGCUCCAACUAGGGGGGAAAUAACAAAUACGCUGCUCUAUCAGCUAAAUGAUCAUUGUAAAUUUGUAAUACAAACCAUGGACAAGUCAUAAUGGAGUUCUAGACUACAACUCUGUGCUUCA